ACUAGUCCCUGCCUAUGAACAUUAGGACUUACACUGUGAUCUUGGUAGAUCCAGGUCAUGUGGCUAUACCUGGUGGUCCUAGUAGGCUUGUACUACCUUGUGCGCUGGUAUAAGGAGAGGCAGGUGGUUGACCAGCUGCAGGACAAGUACGUCUUCAUCACAGGCUGUGACUCAGGCUUUGGGAACCUGCUGGCCAGGCAGCUAGACCUGAAGGGCUUGAGGGUGCUGGCUGCAUGUCUGACAGAGAAGGGAGCUGAGAAGUUGAGGGCGCAGACUUCGGACAGGCUGGACACAGUGAUCCUGGAUGUCACGAAGACGGAGAGCAUCGCUGCUGCCACCCAGUGGGUGAAGGAUCACACAGGAGACAGAGGACUUUGGGGACUGGUGAACAAUGCUGGCAUUGUAGGGGUCUUCGGUCCCAACGAGUGGCAGACCAGACAGGAUUUCAUGAAGGUACUGGAUGUGAACCUGCUGGGAGUGAUUGACCUGACUCUGAGUCUGCUGCCCCUGCUGAGGAAAGCCCAGGGCCGUGUGGUCAAUGUCUCCAGCAUGGCUGGUCGUGUGGCCAUUGGUUCUGGUGGCUACAGCAUCUCCAAGUUUGGCAUCGAGUCCUUCUCUGACUCCCUCAGGAGGGAACUCUCCUUCUUUGGGGUGAAGGUGGUUGUGAUUGAGCCUGGUGCUUUCAAGACUGGAAUGAGCCCCAUUUGAGUUAUUCAGAGCCUUCAUAUUGCAUGGAAUAAAGCCAGUGAAGAGGUCAAAGACAUCUAUGGGGAAAAGUUUCUGACAGACUUGAUACAAAACAUUGAGACAUACAAGCUAGAGUUGGACCUGACAUUGGUGACAGACUGCAUGGAACAUGCUCUGACCUCCCGUCACCCUCGCACCCGAUACUCAGCUGGCUGGGAUGCCAAAUUGAUCCUUAUCCCCCUGAGCUACAUGCCCACUUUUCUGGUGGAUGCCUUCUUGAAAUGGAACUCUGCAAGGCCUGCCAAAGCUAUGUGAAGCCUAGAUGAGGUGCAUCAUAGGAUAGGGUUGUGUGUCAUAUGAGAAAAUAGAGG